CCCUGUGCGCCUUUCACUCUCAUCAUAACAGCCAAGCAGCUUGAAAGGCUUCAGCACCAUCAGCCAGCAUCCCUGUUAAGAUCUGCAGAAGCCAGCAACAUUCAGAACCGGAGAAGCCGUCCGACCACAGCCAUGGAAGAGUACUUCUCUGCAAUCCGCAAGAUGGAACAAGCGGUUAUGUUUCCCAGCCUCCUCAGAGGCGUCUACAUGGAACAACAGGAUGACGCAUCCACUGGUGAUUUUGGCAACAGGGACCUGUAUGAGUAUUACAUGCAACUGAAAUCCAUCAAACUCGCGGUGGAGGGUAGACUGGCGCCUCUAAAUGAAAGCAAACACCAAAUCACCAGCAGAGAAGAAGUACAAGAGAACGGAGAGGAGGCCGAUCUUGAAGGACUGCUUUAUCAUCACUUUACAGGCUUGUAUCGUGUCCUGACCCAUCUGACCAGAAAAGCCAAUGCCCUGAUCAGAAAAUACAAUGAAAUUAUAGGACAGAUCAACCAGAGUGAAAUUACGCUUACCUGGUGAAACAGCCACCAAUAACUUCAAAAGGACACACUACCACCCCUGUGCUGCAUACAGUUGACGUCCUGCGGCAAGUACUGCUGGUGAAUUAUUUGACUGACACCAAAGAUGCUGGCCAUCUGACAGCCAAUGUUUUGUAAUAACCAGAAUAAAUGUGAUCAUUCCUUG